CUCUCCGCCACCCAAUACAGUACCAUCGCAAAGCGAGACCUGAUUAUUCCCCACACCCACAAUCGCCACCUCCAACUGUAUAUUACACUCCCACGCAUUAGGGGGACAGUAGGGCGAGACGCAUAGUAGGCCUACUCGCGCGAUACACCCGGAGUCAGACACACCUGUAGCAGUCGCUAGUUGGAUAUCUGCAUCUGAGGUGGAAUCACAGCGGCCCAAAAACUCUCGCACCCAAUCACCAAUAGUCCACUCAAAUAUAUCUUGCUCAACGGGAGCUGAGGAGUAUAACGGAACAGAAUCCCGACAUCCUAUUCUCAGUUCGACACUGCUCGCCGCCGCGAAACUUCCCUACCGCCAAAUCCGCCUCAUCCAGCCCGUCAUCCAAACCUGACCACGAUAGAGGCACCAUCAUCACAACCGCCGUCCCACCCAUUUAAUCUCUCACGACAACCAUGUCAUCAUAUGUAGUCAAAAGAGGCUACUGCUCAGUGAGGGAAGACGGGUUCAAGUCAUUCCUUUGGUCAAAGAGGUGGUUGCUCCUCAGGGAACAGACGCUCACUUUUCAUCGUAAUGAGAACACAUACCAAGCGAUAUCGUUGAUAUUCUUGAAGGAAGUGGAAGCAGUGAACCGGACCGAACUGAAACCGUACUCGUUCGAGAUCAUCACAAAGGAAAAGACGUACUAUGUGUCGUGCAAGAGUGAUGAGGAGCUGUAUUCGUGGAUGGAUGAGAUCUAUCAGCGCUCACCACAAAUAAGCAUCUCGAAUCCAACCAAUUUUGUCCACAAAGUCCACGUCGGCUUCGACUCGGACAGCGGCCUCUUCACCGGCCUCCCCCGCGAAUGGAACUCGCUCCUCGAAUCCUCCAACAUCUCCAAAGAAGAAAUGUCCAAAAACCCACAAGCCGUCCUUGACGUGCUCGAAUUCUACACCGAGAAUAUGGGGAGAGGACGGGUUGAGCGCGGUGGUGGUGGUGGGGGAGGGGGAGCAGGUGGUGGCGGUGGGAUGAGACUCCCGCCGGGUGGUGGGAGGAGGGAGGAUGAUGGCGCGCCAUUGCCGUCGAGGAUGGACUCGAAUUAUUCGAGGGCGGAUGGGUUCAGCGUGCCGGGGCCACCGCCGGGACAGCCGUAUGGGAAUCAAGCGCCGGCGCCUCUACCUGUGCAGCAACGAGUCGUACCCCCACCACCGCCGUCCCGACUCGACCCCAACAACGACCACAUUUACGACCGCCAACAGCAACAACAACAGCAGCAGCAAUACCAACGGCAACCUCCACCACCGCAAGUCGGCCCCGGCGGGUACGCCAUCCCCCCACCCGUCGCGCGCCCACCACCGCCACAACCCCCACGUCCGCAGGACGUGCAGCCGCGGCCCGCAGCGCCCGCAAAGGACAAUGCGAUUGCGAUUCAGCAGCAGCAGCAACAAGCGGCUGCUGCGGCCCCACCGUCGUCUGGGCGGAAGAAGAGCACGCGGAUGUCGGCCAUGUCUGAGGCGCAGAUUAUGGAGAAGUUGAGGAGUGUGGUGUCGAAGGGGGAUCCGGUUACGAUGUAUACGAAGUUGAAGAAGGUUGGGCAGGGUGCCUCGGGAUCAGUCUACCUAGCACGGCAUAACGUCAACAACGCCACGGUAGCCAUCAAACAAAUGGACCUAGCGAACCAACCCCGCAAAGAACUGAUCGUUAACGAAAUCCUCGUCAUGAAAGAAUCGCAACACCCCAACAUCGUCAACUACCUCAACUCCUUCCUCGUCAAAGCCGAGCUGUGGGUCAUCAUGGAGUUCAUGGAAGGCGGGCCACUGACGGAUAUUAUCGACACCAACACCCUCAACGAGGCCCAGAUCGCUGCUAUCUGCUGCGAAACGAUCAAAGGCUUACAUCACCUGCACCGUCGUAAUAUCAUCCACCGCGAUAUCAAAUCGGAUAAUGUAUUGCUGGACGCCGAUGGGCACGUCAAGAUCACCGAUUUCGGCUUUUGCGCAAAAUUGACCGCCGACCGCGGCAAACGCGCAACGAUGGUCGGAACCCCGUAUUGGAUGGCGCCCGAAGUCGUCAAGCAGAAAGAGUAUGGCGCAAAAGUCGACGUCUGGUCCCUGGGUAUCAUGGCCAUUGAGAUGAUCGAGGGCGAGCCGCCCUACCUCGAGGAGGAGCCUCUGAAAGCGUUGUAUCUGAUUGCGACCAACGGGACGCCCACGUUGAAGACACCCGAGAAGCUGAGCCCGCUGUUUAAGAAUUUCCUGGGGAGGUGUUUGGAGGUGGAUGUGGCGAAACGGGCGGAGGCGGAGGAGUUGUUACAUCAUCCGUUUUUGAGGAUGGCGGCGCCGCCGAGUGCGCUUGUGCCGUUGGUUAAGAGGGCGGCGAAGAAGUAGAUUUCGGCCAUUUAGAGAGAGGGGUAUGGCCCCUCCUGCCAAAGCAUUACGGCCCCACCCCCACGACCCCCGCGCUAUCAUAUCCCCAACCCAUUAGACGACGACGAAAGACUAUCCUACACAUCUGCACCUUGCCCACAUCCCCCCAUACACCUGCGGGCACAUCCUUCAUAUCAAGUACACAAUACCAAUUUCUCAUUCCUUUUUCUAUAUUUUAUCAAAAGCUUCUAUCUCUGGUUGCUGUUGAUG